AUGGCCGCUCCCCGUCUUUUCCGCCCAGCGUCCCGGCUGCUUUCUUCGCGCCUUGCUUCCCCUCUUCGCCCGGCUUUUGGCCUGUCUGCUUGCGCUCAGUCUGCCCUGCGCGCCCGUGGCUAUGCUUCUGAGGGUGGUGUCAAGGAGGUCACCGUCCGUGAUGCCUUAAAUGAGGCGUUGGCGGAGGAGUUGGAGCUCAACCAGAAGACUUUCAUUAUGGGUGAGGAGGUUGCGCAGUAUAACGGAGCCUACAAGGUGACGCGAGGCCUUCUGGACCGCUUCGGCCCCAAGCGGGUUAUUGAUACUCCCAUUACUGAGGCUGGUUUCUGUGGUAUCGCUGUCGGUGCUGCACUGGCUGGUCUGCACCCCAUUUGCGAGUUCAUGACCUUCAACUUUGCCAUGCAGGCCAUCGAUCAGAUCAUCAACUCUGCCGCUAAGACUCACUACAUGUCCGGUGGUAUCCAGCCUUGCAACAUCACUUUCCGUGGUCCCAACGGCUUUGCCGCCGGUGUCGCCGCUCAGCACUCCCAGGACUACUCCGCCUGGUACGGCAGCAUUCCCGGCCUGAAGGUUGUCACCCCCUGGAGCUCUGAGGAUGCCAAGGGUCUCCUCAAGGCUGCUAUCCGCGAUCCCAACCCCGUCGUGGUUCUCGAGAACGAGCUUCUGUACGGCCAGGCUUUCCCCAUGAGCGAGGCUGCCCAGAAGAACGACUUCGUCCUGCCCAUUGGCAAGGCCAAGAUCGAGCGUCCCGGCAAGGACCUGACUAUCGUCACCCUCUCCCGCUGCGUCGGCCAGUCCCUGACCGCCGCCGCCGAGCUUAAGCAGAAGUACGGAGUCGACGCCGAGGUCAUCAACCUGCGCUCCAUUAAGCCCCUUGAUGUCGAGACCAUUAUUGCCUCGCUCAAGAAGACCGGCCGUCUGAUGGUCGUCGAGUCCGGCUACCCCAUGUUCGGUGUCUCCUCCGAGAUCCUGGCCCUGUCCAUGGAGUACGGCUUCGACUACCUGACUGCCCCUGCCGUCCGUGUCACCGGUGCUGAGGUCCCCACCCCCUACGCCCAUGGCCUUGAGAACAUGGCCUUCCCCCAGGAGGACACCAUUGUUAGCCAGGCCGCCAAGCUGCUGCGGGUGUAA